CUUUUCUUCUGUUCUCAUAACAUAGAUGAUUUUUUUUCAUUGGUUCUUUUUUGUUUGGUAAAAGAGUUCUUGUUAUUCUUGUUUCCAUGUCUUUUUUUUUCAUAGAGAAAUUAGUUUUAAUACAUGUGUGUUUAUGUUUGAUAAAUUUGGUUGGUAGAGAUGCUUUGGUCACUAAGAUGAUUCUUUCAACUUUUUUUCUUUUCCUUAUAGAUUUGGUGUAUUAUCAGUUAACUUUGAUGCUAAUUAAAUGUCUAAAACCAGACAAAGUUAAGAAAGAUUCUUUCUUUCAAUGAAAAUGAAUGUUUAGGGUCCAGUUGUGUUUUGAGUUCUUGAAACAUGUAAUGAAAAAUAACGUGUUCAAAACAGACAAAUCUUGGGAACUGAAGAUUUGUUUCACAUAUCUCGUUUUUUCUUCUUGUCUUGGUUUUCGGGUUCUGGAAGUUUCAUUGAUGGCAAAAACCACAAAGCCAUUUAUGUGAAUAUUGUGGGUGGUCCUGUUUAGAUUUGUUAUCAUUAUAAGUAGAUCUAUGUGUAUUUUCCAGUCCAAGUGUUUCUUUUAUUGCUUACAUGACCAGAUAUACUUUGUGGUCCGAAACAACAUCUGGUCCUUAUCUCAGUUUUUUUUUUGUGUGGUCCUCAAAAUCUUUUCGAAGAAAAUCUUUCGUUACACUUUUGUGAUAUUUCAACAUUAUUGUCUUUUGAGAUAAGUCGGAAUUUAAGUUACUGGGGUCUCCUUUUGAGAUUUUCUAUGUCUUUAUUACAACAAAAACAAAAUAGUAUGCAAAUUUUUUGUUUGUAGCAUUAGUAAUGAUUAAUGAAAAUGUUUGAUUGUAGUACUUGGACGAAAACAAAUCGUUGAUUCUGAAGAUUGUUGAGUCUCAAAACUCUGGAAAGCUUAGCGAAUGCGCCGAGAAUCAAGCAAGGCUUCAACGCAACCUAAUGUACCUAGCUGCAAUAGCAGAUUCUCAGCCUCAGCCACCAAGUGUGCAUAGCCAGUAUGGAUCUGCUGGUGGUGGGAUGAUUCAGGGAGAAGGAGGGUCACACUAUUUGCAGCAGCAACAAGCGACUCAACAGCAACAGAUGACUCAGCAGUCUCUAAUGGCGGCUCGAUCUUCAAUGUUGUAUGCUCAGCAACAGCAGCAGCAGCAGCCUUACGCGACGCUUCAGCAUCAGCAAUUGCACCAUAGCCAGCUUGGAAUGAGCUCGAGCAGCGGAGGAGGAGGAAGCAGUGGUCUCCAUAUCCUUCAGGGAGAGGCUGGUGGGUUUCAUGAUUUUGGCCGUGGGAAGCCGGAAAUGGGAAGUGGUGGUGGCGGUGAAGGCAGAGGAGGAAGUUCAGGGGAUGGUGGAGAAACCCUUUACUUGAAAUCAUCAGAUGAUGGGAAUUGAAAGAGUGUGGCACAAGGAAUCUUAAUGAUGAAGCAGCAGCAGCAGCAGAAGAAGUAGUAGUAAUAAUAGGAGUCUUGAAGUUAGUGUGUUUUGGUUUUAGUUGCUUGUUGAAGAAGCAAAGAACUCUUUAUUUACUUCUUUUUAGUUUUGUUAUUCUCUCUAUGUUUGUUCCCUAAAACAGUGAACCUCUUUCGUGGUAGUGUACCAUGUAAAUCUGCUGGCUCCAAGUUGUGUCGUAAUCUUAAUAUGUUAUUUCUCUGAGUUAGACUCUUUUGCUUUAACCAGGACUGAAGUUUUGUAGAUCAUUGAUGUUACCUAUUUGGAUUCUAAAUCGUUAUGUAGGCUAUAUUAUUGUUUUUUUUUU